AAAUACUUAUCUAUUAGAUUCUAAGCUUCAACUCCAAAAAUAAGUCUGUAAGGAUUCUUUAAAUUUAUAUUUGAGCAAAAUUGUAAUUAAUACCUUAAAUUUUACAAUUUCAGCAUUAUUUUUGGUUUGGUUUACCUAUUUUAGAGUUACCAAAAUAUGCCGCCUGAAACAUAAGGUGUGAUGGUGUACUGGGGCUAUAACAGUACAAAGUUAUUGGAUUUAUAAAUCGCGAGUUUUUUUCGUUAUGAACACUGAGAAUAAAUCUACAAUGGGUUCUUCAAGGUCCAGAUCUCCUUAUUUAAAUGAGAAGUAUCGCUCUUAUGGCUGGGAUGAUGACAGAAGAAGACCAUCUAGAGAUAACGAGCGACGUGAUAGUGGGUAUGAAUUGGACAAUGAGAAAGGAAGAGAUUACGGUCGUGAUAAAAGCAGAGACUAUGAAUAUGAAAGGGAUAGAUACAGAGAAGGGAAGAAGUAUAGGGAUGUAGUAAGAAACAGAAAUAGAGACAGUAACUAUGGAUUUAAUGAACGCACAAGAGAAGAUAAUAACUGGGAAAGAGAGUACAACAAGGCUAAAGGGAGAGAUAAAGAACGAGAUAAAGGGAGAGAUAAAGAACGAGAUAGGGAACGAGAUAGGGAACGAGAUAGGGAACGAGAUAGGGAACGAGAUAGGGAACGAGAUAAAGGAAGAGAUAGGGAACGAGAUAGGGAACGAGAUAGGGAACGAGAUAGGGAACGAGAUAGGGAACGAGAUAGGGAACGAGAUAGGGAACGAGAUAGGGAACGAGAUAGGGAACGAGGAAGAGAUAGAGAAUAUGAUCGUUAUUCCUUAGGGUAUAGAAGAGGACGUGAGUAUCGCAGUCGUAAUUGUCGCUCAUCUUCUGAUUCUUCAGACAUAUCUGAUAUACCUGGAACAUCACGUAAUCAUAGAAGCGGGAGGUAUAGCUAUAGAAGACGUAAAGCUAGCGUUUCUAGCUCUCGUUCAUCAUCUAGAUCCUCUUAUUCUUCUAUAGAAGAUAAGCGUGACCGCUAUCGUCGUGGACGUCGAUAUUACUCCAGUGACGAAUCUUCUCCUGAACGCAAUUACAGAAAUAGAAGUAGUAGGUAUUCUAGAAGAUACAGAGAUGAGUCAUCCUCUGACUAUGAAGAAGAUUAUUUACGUCAUCAAUCAAAGCGCCACAAGCUGAACUGCGAUAAGAAAGAUAAAGGAGCUUAUUUAGAAGACGAAUACUCAAAUAAAAAGUGGCAGCCAUCUUAUUCUGUCUCACAGUCAAAAGGUAGAGAUAAACAGAUAUCACCUCCUGCGACUAGAGUAAGAGAUUCCUCUCCCCACAACAACACAAGUUCCCCCCCAAGAGACAGUCUAACAUGCGCAACUCUGUGCGAACGUUUACUAGAACUGCGUAACUUAGAGGAAUCUAAGCGUUGUGACAAGGCAACGGCAAAAAUGCUGGAUGACUUGUUAGCUGAAAAUCCAGACGAUUUUCUUGCUGAAGAUAUGAGUGGACGAGAAUUGACAAAGCAACAGUUUAUUACUUGGUAUGUGAUUAACCAACAACAUGGCCCAUCCAUUGUUGAAUCUUCAUCUACUACCCACAAUGGUCAGGAUAAACGUCAUAGAUUGAUUACAAUCAACAAGAGGUUGUUUACUGAAAUAACACCGAAAGAGUCAUAUUGUCUAGAUUUUGAAGUAUUCAAGGAUAGGGAGACAUCUGAUGAGAUAGAGUCACAGAUAGUAUUAUAUGGUUGCAAGAAUGGGAAGCUUACUAGGGUAUAUGUUAUUAAGGACAAAGAUGAACUUACCUCCAAAAAGAACUUAUCCUUAAGCAAAAUUAAGGAGUACAAGAUAUUCGCAAUAUUUCUUAGAUACUUACAAAAGAAAGGAAUCAAAUAUCCAAGUAGAGAACAUCAAGAACAUAAUGGUAAAAGUAACCCAGAUUUUGAUGGAAUAUUUCACUAUUAUGAUUUUGAGAAUAAUCCUCUUGUUCUAGAAUAACAUCGAGAUAUUAUAUCUUUAAAGAAAUCAAUUAAAUAAACAAAUAAAUUUUAAUCAAGCUAUUUAGUCUUAAAUGAUCUUUUUUUAUUAGAGAAAGGAAAAAAUUAGACAUACACAUUAACCUUUGGCUGAUGAAAAUGUUUAUAUGGAUAAAUUUAAGAAAUUUGAGUUCCAAUAUUACCUAUAUACUCUAAUUAUAAUGUAUAAGCUGAACAGCUUAUACUAAGUUUGCACAGUAUUCACUAUUUGUCUAAAUCUUAAAUGAAAAACCAAUAGAGAUGGAGAUUUCAGUGAAUUUCUGCAUAAUCUUAUAUUAGAUAGAUAAUAUUUCAAGUUGGAAUAUUCCAAUUUUAUUGAAAAUCAUUAAUAUCAAGACACAGCUGAUUAAUCUUAAAUCUUUAAAGAGAGAUACAAGUGCAGCUUUAGAACUCAUUUGCAUCAUAUUGAAGCACUUAAGAAUAUAUUACUAUUAGUGACGCGGUUGAAAAGAUAGUCAAGUACUGCUUUAUAUCUUCACUUCUGCGAAGUUCAGACUGACUAUAAAAUUGUCUAUUUGCUAAUUUUGAGGUUAAUGGGGGUAAUCUCGAUCUAAUUUGUAUUUAUUAAUAUAAACCAAUUAGCAAGAUAAAGGUAUCUCGAGGAAGUAAAAGUAUACAAAGCACGAAAUAGACACUUUGAAAUGACUAUCCUAGCUAACUUUAGAUUUAGUGUACAAUUUAAAUAAAAACAUUUCCCAAAGUUUGAAACAUUAUCUUGCAUGGUUUCUGAGUCAGAUGAACAGAGUUUUAGCACUUAAGCUCACAAUGCACAUAAGCAAUCUAAUCUCCUCAAAGUUAAUUGCUCUAUAAAACGAAGCCAGUAGAUAAGAGAGUAAUAUUCUAAUAUCUUAGUGGGAGUUAUUCAACUACG